AUGGCAUUCAAUCUUCUCCCCGGAAAGAUCGUGGCGGUGACAGGUUGCUCGACCGGUAUAGGGCGAGCCAUCGCUAUAGGUGCCGCUCGGAAUGGAGCGAAUCUCAUCCUGCACCAUCUCGGGGAUUCCACUCAGGCGGACAUCCAGGAAGUUGAGAGAGCCUGCAAGGACCUCGGUGCCAAGACGGUCAUAGUACCUGGAGACAUUGCGAAUCAGGAGACAGCCUCAGCAAUUGUCAAAGCCGGCGUGUCCACCUUCUCCCGCAUAGACGUCCUCAUCUCGAACGCCGGUAUCUGCCCCUUCCACAGCUUCCUCGAUCUUCCCGCCUCGCUAUGGAAGCGUGUACAGGACGUAAACCUCAACGGCGCCUUCUACGUGGUUCAAGCGGUGGCGAACCAGAUGGCCAAACAGGACUCGCCCAAGGGCGGCGCAAUCGUGGCUGUCUCGAGUAUCUCGGCGCUGAUGGGUGGAGGCGAGCAAUGUCACUAUACACCGACCAAAGCGGGAGUGAAGAGUUUGAUGGAGAGCUGUGCGAUCGCUCUGGGUCCGAUGGGUAUCAGGUGUAACUCUGUACUGCCUGGAACAAUCGAGACCAACAUCAACAAAGAGGACCUGGCCGACCCUGUCAAAAGAGCAGAUCAAGAACGACGGGUACCCCUUGGUAGGUUGGGAAAGCCAGAAGAUCUCGCUGGACCAGCGUUGUUCUUGGCUUCAGACGCAGCGGCAUAUGUGAACGGUGCCAGCCUGCUGGUGGAUGGCGGGAUGGCGAUCAGUCUGCAAUAG